CAGCACAGCUGCAAGCUGCAUCCUGUCCCUGUCGUCGCAGUUGCGUGUUGCGGUCAAGAACUACUUGUUACAAGAAGAAAGGAGUUAGAUUUUGUGAAAUCUGAGGUAUUUCUUAUUUUCUAAGAUGGGUUUCGACCUAGCAAGGUUUCAAGGCACUGUCGACGAGGAGUUGAUUUGCUCCAUUUGCUCUGGUGUGUUGGAGCAUCCUGUUCAGGCUCCCUCUUGUGAACAUGCUUUCUGUUCAGCAUGUAUCAAUGAGUGGCUGUCACGACAGCCAACAUGCCCUGUAGACAGAACGCCUAUAACAUCAAGUGAACUACAGCCAGUUCCAAGAAUUCUGAAAAACCUUCUUGCCAGACUUACCAUCUCAUGUGACAACGCUCAUUGCGGAUGUACAGAAUUGAUGAAACUUGAAGUAUUAAGUUCACAUGUAGAUUUUUGUGAGCACAAUCCUAAGAGACCAGUUUUGUGUGAGCUAGGGUGUGGUCUAGUGAUCCCUAAAGAUGAUUUAAAGGAACACAACUGUGUCAAAGAACUGAGAGCAUAUGUUACAACUCAGGAAAAAAAACUGUCUGAAUUCCAUGAUGAACUUAUUGAGCAGCAAAUAACAUUAAGUGAAGUGAGGAGAGAACUUAGCUUCGUAAAGGAGUUCCUGAGAGCCAUGCGUUCCUCUCACCCCGCGAUGCGGGCCAUCGCAGAGCAGUUUGAGAAGGAUGAAGUGAAGAGGUGGGCAAAUACAUUGACAAAAGCCCGGGUUUCUCGGUGGGGAGCUAUGAUAAGUACUCCGGAUGAUGUUCUACAGUCCCUGAUCAAAAGAUCCUUAUCUGAGUCUGGGUGUCCUGUUCACAUCAUGGAAGAGUUAAUGCGAAACUGUCAUGAGCGCAAGUGGCCAGCUGGUCUUGCGUCCCUGCAGACCAGACAGAGGCAAAGAAGAGAAUACGAUAAUUAUGUGUGUCGCAGAAUCCCUGGGAAGCAAGCUGUGCUUGCUCUUGCAUGUGACAAUCCCCAUAUGGCUGAGGACCUUAUGACUGAACCUGGUCUUGUUAUGAUCUUUGCCCUUGGCAUUGAAUGAUAUUUUGAAUACUGUUACCUUAUGUUAAGGAAAUUUGUUAUUUUUAUUUUUUUAAAAGUUAGUUAGGCUGUUGGAGGACCCCUCAUUGUUGUGGACCAUACUUCCUUCAAGAUGCGUGGAACAUUGACUGUUGAUCUCUAAAAGUAUUUUAUAUGAUUAUGUUAUGUGUAGACCAAACUCCACUUCACUGGCUAUCCGCAUUUAAUGAAAUUUCCUCUAGAAGCUAUUUAAGUUCCAAUUUUGUACAUCUUCAUACUUUUUCUUGUUGUAUGCAGAGUCAAAGAAUGCAUAGUUACAUUUCGUUUAAUUUCCUUUUGUAACUUUCUCAAUCAUGUUAUGCUGAUUUCUGUGAUGAGGUCCUUAUCUUAAUUUAAACAUUGUGCGGUAGUUAUAAUGUUGUUAUAGUAGUGCAAUAAAGCAAGAUGGGCCAAAGUAAAUUGAGUGAGUUUUACAUGUGAUAGAUAAAAUCUUUUUUAGUUGAAAUUUUAUAGUAAGUUUUUAUCUUGCCUUGUCUUCAUUUGUAUAUUGAUUAGUUUUAGGUAUCAGUUAACACAACACUGAUAACUGACCAUCCCAGUGUCUUGACCUUGUUCAUUGUUCUAUUUGUAAAUUUUCUCAUUAAUUGUAUUGACUCUGAAUCAUAUUGACUUGAUUCUCAAGUAAAGAACUCAAAAACA